AUGAAGGGCAUCGUUUCACUCAUCCUCGCCCUAGCUGUGUGGCAGCCCCUUGCGGCUGCAGCGACUAUCCCCAACUACUUUGAGAGGUCUCCUACGACCCGGUCGCAGCUGGAUACGAACCAGAUCCGGGCCGAGCUCGGCAAGCUUGUUUCUAGAGAAACCGCCAUCUUUGGCCCGGACGAUGACCGUUACAACGAGGCGACGUCGAGAUGGAACAACUUUGCCGUGCCCCAGGUCAAGGUUGUCAUCUCCCCUGGCCGGGAGUCCGACGUCUCGACCAUUGUCAAGUACUGCAAUGACAAUAGCGUCGCCUUCCUGACCAUCAACCGCCAUCACGGCAACUCGCAGAGCCUUGGCUCCUUCAACGGCGUCCAGGUCAACAUGGCCAGUCUUCAAGGCAUCAAUAUCCAGCCCGGUGGGAAGUCUGCCUGGUUCGAGGGUGGGGCGUACGACGGCCAAGUUAUGAGAUACCUUUGGGAUCGCGGCUACGUCACUACUACCGGCUCCUGCGAUUGCGUCGGCAUGAUGGGGCCCGGGCUUGGAGGCGGCCACGGCCGUCACGAGGGUCUCUACGGCAUGAUUAGCGAUAACAUCCUCCAGCUGAACGUCGUUCUUGCUGACGGCAAAGCUAUCCGCGUGAACAGGAAGAGCUACAGUGACCUUCUGUGGGCUAUGAAGGGUGCUGGGCAUAACUUUGGUAUCGUCACUAGCUUCGAGCUGAAUAUCUUUCCCCGCGGCCCUGAUACCUGGUUCUAUCAAAACUUUAUCUGGCAUGGAGAUAAGCUUGAGGCAAUCUUCAAAGCUCUUAAUAAUCUUCAUAAUAACGGUAACACCCCGGUGGAUAUGGCUAUCAACUUUGGGAACUUCCUCAUGAACACUACAAUCACCGACAAGGAGCCUGUCAUCUUUUGGACGUUUGCCUACCGAGGGAGCGCUAAGGACGCAAAGAAGCAUUUGGCCCCGUUCACCAAGAUCAAGGCCGUCUACCAGGAGUCAGGCAACGUGCCGUACCCGGCAAUCUCGGUGGCCCAGCAGACAGACGAGAACUCGUUCAUCUGCCAGCACGGCUACACCCGACUAACCGCCACGGCGGGCCUCCAGGUGUACAACGUGACGGCCGAGCGCCAGAUCUUCGACGGCUUCACGAGGCGCGUCGCCAGCAACCCCGCGCUCGCCGCCGGCGGCGUCGUGCUCCACGAGGGCUAUUCCACCAAGGCCGUGCAGGCCCAGGACCCGACCGACUCGGCCUACCCCUUCCGCGACGACCACCACCUCAUGCUCGUGCAGAUCAUCGUCAGCGACCCGGCGCUGGAGCCGGCCGGCUGGGAGUGGGCCAAGGAGGUGCGCGACUUCUGGAAUAACGGCCAGCCGACGCGGACGGUCAACGCCUACGUCAACUACGCCAACGGGUUUGAGCCCGUCGAGCAGAUGUACGGGCACGAGGCGUGGCGUUUGAAGAGACUUCGCGACCUCAAGGCGAAAUACGAUCCCUCCAACCGCUUUCGAUACUACAACCCGAUCAUCGGGGGGAAGACGGAUGGGCCGAUCUAG